AUGAUUAAUGCAAACAGUCCAGAUAAACUUUGUAGAGAAAUAUGUUGUGAGCUGGUAAACGACUGUCUUGAAAGAAAAUGUGUAGAUUGUAAGAAUAGAACCCUGCCAAUUUUGCCCUAUGAGGAAACAGAAAACUGCUCAUACAAGAAGUGGGUUUUAAAGACAGAAAAAUACACCAUUAAAGGUGAAGAAAAAACAACAAAAAGGAAUGUAAAAGAUAUCAUUCGUUGUGUAAAGGCAGAGUUAGUUGCAGAAUUAAAUAGAAACAUGCCAAAAUAUAUGUUGCAUAUAUCUAACAUGAGACAUCAACACCGUAAGAUACGGGAAAUUAAAGAAAACUUGCAAGUGGUACGGAGGCUUUGA